GCGGGGUGCAGAUGAAAGAACUUGGAGAUAUUUUAUCAGCGAAGUUCUAUAGCGGCUAACUUUAACUUUCCUUGUCGCCUCAUACUUUUACAAAAUGGUCUUCCAAUCCAAUUACUGCCAAGAUCACUGGGCCCCAUUCGCGACCUCUAUAACGACAUCAGUGGUGGCCGCUAUCUUGACCCUUGUUACCGUGCCCGGCAACUUGCUUAUCUGCUGGGCUGUGAUACGGAACCCAACCGGAGAGCUGAAAACUUCAUUCAAUUACUUGGUAGUGAACCUCGCCAUUUCCGACCUCAUCAUAGGACUGAUCACAGAUCCAGUCUUUGUUGACUUCCACGUCAAAGAAGCCCUCAUGGUAAAAGAACUCCUGAGUGUUCAGUGGGUGGUCCACGUGUCAUAUUUUUUUACUUCGACGGUCUCGGUUCUCAGCAUUGUGGCAUUAGCAGUCAACAGGUACCAGGCGGUUAGGUCAUACCGCUUACAUCGUGCACAGCAUUCCAUUAGUCGCACAAUCAAAGUGUCUGUUUCUCUGUGGAUUCUCUCUCUUAGUCUUCCUCUUCUCUAUCGUGUUGUUGGUUUCUUUAGACUGGCUUUCAUCUUUGCUAACGCUGCAAUUGUUGUCACUUCGAUCGUUCUUGUUUUCGUUUACUUCCGUGUGUGUCACUUUCUAAAACGACACAGGAAAACUUCUGCACACAUUCAGAGCAGCGAGUUGGAACGAGAAAAGCAAGUGCAACGCGAGCAGAAGGCAACAAACUCUCUUCUUAUGAUAGCAGUUGCAUUUAUAUUGUGUUCUUUCCCUUCUUGUGUGAUGGUCUACAUCAUUAACUUAUGUCACACAUGCAACUGUGUUCUUAUCCACUGGCUCCGAGACUUGCAGUUCUUGUUCAUUCUGAUUAACUCUGCUUCGAAUCAGUUUCUUUACGCCUUUCGCAUGCGCUCUUUUAAAAGGGCUUUUAUGACCAUAUCAGCAAUUGCAUGGCUGGUAGACAAAUUUGGAAGACAAGAGUUAAGCUUAAACUAUCCGACGCCACAGCAAUCUCAAUCUGACAGUACACCAUCUCAGGAACUGAAAGUAAGUGCCCCCGGAGCUAUGCAAAGAGAGAGCAAACUUUAAUACCCAAGAAUAGAAGUUUUGUAUGCUCGACUAGUAACAUGAAAGCUGGUAGAUAACCUAAAAAGAACGCGCGUCAGUUGCGUCGGGCUUAUAGAUAAACACUGUAUUUACUAACUAAAGAAAAAGCCUACAACAGCGACCCACAUCCAUAGAAACGACCUUUAAAUGGUCCUCGAGAGUCACCUUCAUGCUGAAUAAAUUUUGAAAAUCUGUAUAGGUGUAGCCUUGUAGAAAGAAGAAAAGAUCUCAGUUGAUCUUUCUGAAAAAAACUAUUUUGGGUCUUGAUAAUAACAAAAUCCGCAAAAUUUUGUAAAAAUUUAGCGAUAUUUCAUUUUAAUGGAUUAACCAUAAGCUUGCUCUUGUUAAACGUUAUCGAAAGAAAGUAGUGUUUCGGUUCUCCUUUCCCAUAACUAGGCUUGAGGUUGGAAUCAGCUCCUCCUUGUUAUAGUUUCUUGGCGAUUUAAGAACUAUCUCAGUUUUUUUUAUUUCAACAAGGACGUGUUAAUAUGUAUUGACUAAUUCUCAUUAUACUGGAAAUUUUACAGUUGGACAUGUAUGUAACAUUACUUUUACAUUUUAUAAGUGUUUACUGUGUUGGCUAAGUAACUGCCACCGACAUAGUAGAGAUACUGAUGAUAAUGAUGGAAAACCAAAUAGAGAAUAAUAUUUUUCAUUUAAUGGAAGUGCGAAAUACAGGUAAAAAUUAUCACUUUGA